CCUCAGUCCAUCCUCUCUUUCCUUGAUAGUUUGAGCAGCGGUAUCCGUCUUUAGCGUCGAAUUCCCUUGCCCCGUAUGUAAACGACCGUAUGACGGAAUUUAUUCACCGGAUUUAUCAAUCGGAUUCCUCUCUGCAACCUGCAUAUAGAGACCGGGACUGCCUGGCUGCCACCUUCACUGCGGUGCGGGCCAGGAUUUUGUUGACUGUUUGACAUCGCGUCCAAAUCCCGACCGCUAACCGCGCGCACCAACCGUUGAUCCUCCCGAAAACCCAACACGCCCGAUGCGGCCAUGCCGCGCUACCUCUACUUCCGCCCCGCCGCAGGCCAUGCCCGCCCCCACCGCCACCCCCUCCUCGCCCACCUCGACGCCUGCGCCUCGCGGGCCCACCUCGCGGAGCUCCACGGCCGCCUCAUCCGCGCCCACCUCGCCCCGGACCCCGCCGUGGCCGGCCGGCUCGUCGCCCUCCUCGCGUCCCCGGCCCCGGGCCACGACAUGCGCUGCGCGCGCAGGGUGUUCGACGGGAUGUCCCGGCCGAACGCGCCCGCGUGGAACUCCAUGAUCAGAGGGUACACCAGCCGCGGCGCGCCUGGGGACGCGCUGGCGACGUUAAGGAACAUGGUUCGGAGGGGCGUCGUGCCUGACAGCUACACCAUGGCCGCGGCCGUGACCGCGAGUGCUGCUGGUGAUGGCUGGAAGUGGGAGUGGCGGGCGACCGGGGACGCGGUCCAUGCGAUGGUCCGGAAGAUUGGGUGCGCGGCGGACCUGUACGUCAUGUCAGGCCUGGUUAAUCUAUACGGCACUUUUAGAAGUGCUGAGGAUGCAAGGAAGGUUUUUGAGGAAAUGCGGGAGAGGGAUGUGGUGUCUUGGACGUCCAUGAUCUCAGCUUUUGCACAGCGUGGCAUGUGGGAUGAUGCGUUGAGGUUUCUAUCUCAGAUGCAGGCAGACGGGAUUUUUCCUAACAAAGUCACAAUUAUAAGCUUGUUGUCUGCUUGUGGGCAUGGGCAGGCUGUUGACAGAGGCCAGUGGGUGUAUGAUCAGCUUAGUGAAUAUGGAAUUGAGGCUGAUGUGGAUAUAGGAAAUGCACUCAUAAGCAUGUAUAUGAAAUGCGGGUGCAUGUCUGAUGCUUUGGAAGCAUUUAAGGUCAUGCCUUCAAGAAAUACUAAAUCAUGGAACACCCUGAUCGAUGGGUUUGUGCAAAAUCAGAAGCAUAAGGAAGCACUGACAAUGUUUGAGGAGAUGUUAUCGAAUGACUUUAAUCCUGAUGCUGUAACACUUGUUAGUGUUUUAUCAGCCUGCACUCAGCUUGGUGAUCUUCAGCAAGGGAGGAAUCUCCACAGUUACAUAAAAAGUCGUAGGAUUAGUUGUGACACCAUCCUUACGAAUUCUUUGAUUAACAUGUAUGCCAAAUGUGGCGAUAUGGUAGCAGCAGAAGUGGUUUUCCAGGCUAUGAAACAGAGGGAUGUUGUUUCAUGGACAACUAUGGUUUGCGGUUAUGUGCAGGGACGGCAAUUUACAGCGGCAUUCAUCUUUUUUGAAGAGAUGAAGGCUGCAGGAAUUGUAGCAAGUGAAAUGGCACUGGUUAGUCUACUUUCUGCUUGUUCACAGCUUGGGGCACUUGAUAAAGGAAGGGAGAUACACGCUUAUAUAGAAGAAAAGAACAUCAAAAGAGAUGUAUUCCUAGAAAGUGCCCUGGUGGAUAUGUAUGCAAAAUGCGGCUGCAUCAACAUGGCUGCUGAAAUAUUUAGCAAAAUGCAGUAUAAGCAAACCCUCACAUGGAAUUCUAUGAUCGGAGGCCUUGCAAGCAAUGGACAUGGGAAAGAAGCAGUCCAGCUCUUUGACCAAAGGCUAAAGUUUGGAGAUCCCAAACCUGAUGGUAUUACUUUCAAGACAGUCCUUGGUGCCUGUGCUCAUGUGGGAAUGGUUAGUGAGGGACUCCGUUACUUCCAUUCCAUGUCGACCUCUGGUAUUGCCCCUGAUAUUGAGCACUAUGGUUGCAUAGUUGACCUCCUAAGCAGAGCUGGGCUACUAGAAGAAGCAUUUGAGUUCAUCAUGAAGAUGCCAAUGGAGCCUAAUCCUGUAAUUUGGGGAUCACUUCUUUCAGCUUGUAGAUUUCAUCAGAAAAUAGAUUUAGUGAGGAGAGUCGGGCAACACAUAAUUAAGUUAGCUCCUAAUGAUGUGGGAACACAUGUGCUGAUUGCAAACUUACAUGCUGAAGGUGGUCAGUGGGAUGAUGUGCAGCAAAUAAGAGAGCAGAUGGGAAAGAGGGGCAUAGAGAAGUCACCUGGUCAUAGCUCCAUCCAAGUCUAAAUCUUCUUGAUGUAGUUUAACGUGAUACGUGAUCUGCCUAUAGUACACGAGGCUGACAGGAGCAAUGCCAACGAGUACAGUUUCUGUUUUUACAAGAAAUUAGGCAUCACAUGUCAAUUUCCAUUAACCUGUGUACAUGUGAUUAAUUAUUGUAUUAUUUUUGGGGUAUAAACAGUCAACACUACCUUAACCAUUUUGUGUGACGCCUCUUUUAAUAGCUAAAUACUCACACUUGGCAGUGGUGCAAGCUCAGCUAAAUUUGUCUAUGGUAGCAUUGGAUAAUGUUCAUGCACACAAUUGAAGCUGUGACAAGAACAGAAGACAUGUAAAAUAUACUCAUUUCAUAUUUCCAUAUGAAAUUUAGAACUUACCUGCUGUUCAGUUCAUAGAUUAAUCAACAUAGUUUUUUUAAUGAACUAUCUUCUCUAUGUUUGAGUUAUGCUCAUAUUAUUGAAGAAUCAUGCUUUGUAGCUAAUUCUUUGUACAUUGAUUUGCUAAGACUGUCCGAUUAUCUUGUUCCAAAUAAAUAACAAUUUGCAUUUUUCAACUAUUGCACUGUUCAUGCCGUCAACAUUCCUACAUUCUCCGAUCUUACAAGUCCAAGAGGCAAAACUGCAACCAGCCCUUUGCUGCACAUUGAAGUAAGAUAUUUACACUUUUUUUAUAUCAAUUUCCAGUUUGUUGAUAUUGCCUAAGGAACGCAAGUCAGUAUCCAGAUUAUCCAUUUGGGGAUUGAAUUCUCAGUUUUCAUAUGGCUGGAAAAGACAGUUCUUCUCUUUUAGAGGGAGAAUGAAGACAGGUAACUCUCAGAAGGCUGACAUUAAAGGCCAAGCUCCAUCAAAAGGCCAGACUGCUCAUCUACCGUGGUGGAUCACAGAUUCCACUAUUCCAGGCAAACCGAUCCUAGAAAAGAGUCCCAAUUUCAAAUCCACACGGGACACGUCUCAAAUCAGCUGGAGUUACCACAUGCCUUGGAUAAUGCACAGGAAGAAAACUACUUCCAACACCUAAGGCUUGCAUACUGAAUUAUAGUUGAAGAACAGGCUGCCCAGAACAAGUUCAAUAAUUAGGAUGCAGCCAUUAGAGACAAAGCUACAAUUAGCCCUUUGUGUACUUACACACGUGGUGUUCUUCUGCCCUCCAAGCUUCCCCUGCCGUACUCACUUUUCAGCAUUCUUUACUGUCAUACAACAGGACUCGUAGUAAAGGCUGCUGGAAAGUGAGUAAUUGUUUCAGUUUUUCCAGGAACUUGGGAAUGCUCAAACAUCAGUACAUGCCAGAAGACAAAUCUAGCAUUUGAAAAUUCUCUGGAAAUUUGUGAUCAGAAGUCUUAUCUGUUUUAGAUGAUGAAAUGGUCCUAGCUGAAAGACAACCAUGUACUUCAUGGUGGCCAUUCAUCUGCCAACUGCCAUGGUGGAUCUGAGGUGAAGCAGGCCCGGAAAAGUGUCGCAAGUAAACAGGUGGUGCUACUGAAUAAUGCCUGCACUGCAUGCUGCUACCGAAUCUCAGUCCAUGAGGAACACAGCGUUAGCUGCACAAUCAGCCGAUGCUACUUCUGUUCUUCACCCCAUGUAGCAGUCUGCCUCAACCCAUUGGUGUUGUGGAUAGUCACAGUAAGUUAUAUGUAUCCUUUACUUGUGAUGUGAAGAAGUUGCUCAACGAGGUUAGGAGCAAGGUACGAUCGCUAGCAAACGAGUUCUUGGCUUCUAGUUCUACUGUUCUACAUGACUAUGCUGUUAGUACCCUGAUUGCUGUUAUGAUGCCGCACAGCUCAAUUCGUUGAAUGCUCAUGUCACUAUGUCAGAGGCCCAGGCGCGUGCCUGUUGCGUCAAUUUUAUCGAGAA